UCUUUCAUCCACACCACGCCCUUCUCUCACCAUGCUUAUUUACCAGGACAUUAUCACCGGCGACGAGCUCUUCUCUGAUGCCUUCGACGUCAAGGAGGUCGGCGGCGUUUACGAGAUCGAGUGUGCCAUGAUCCAGGUCAAGGAGGGUGCUGAUGUUGAUAUUGGUGCCAAUGCCUCUGCUGAGGAGGUCGAGGAGUCUCUCGAGGACGGUGUCACGGUUGUCAACAACGUCGUCUACUCUUUCCGUCUCCAGUCGACCUCGUUCGACAAGAAGGGCUACACUUCCUACAUUAAGGGCUACCUCAAGCAGCUCAAGGCCGCUAAGGGCCUCUCUGAGGCGGAUACCAAGACUUUUGAGUCCGAGAUGACUGCUGAGGUCAAGAAGGUCCUCGGUGCCUUCAAGGACUUUGAGUUCUAUGUUGGCGAGUCCAUGAACCCCGAUGGUGCUGUCAUGCUCCUCAACUACCGCGAGGAUGGUACCACCCCCUACUUCACUGUCUUCAAGCACGCCGUCAAGACCAUGAAAGUCGUAAGUGGGAGAGAAUUGAUCGCCUAUAUGGUUUGCUGUAUUAUGCAUGGAAUGGACGACUCUAACGACUGCUUUCUUUUCUCGAUGUUGCAUUGAAGAAUUUUUACAGCAAAAGAAAGAGAGAGAGAAAAGGUAUGAGGUACCUUGAAGACAAAUGAUGCAUUAAAAUGGAUUUGCACCGUAAAGAAUAUUACAACUGGGAUGUUAUAAACUUCAUCGAGGGGACAGUCAAGUUGCACGAAAGACAUGACCAGAAGCUCCUCAUAGUAGGGCGUCCAAUAUUUUUUGUAUGCAUUUAUGUUUUGACUGCGAAGCGGAGCUGUAACAUUUGUAUCAGCCGAGAAAAUGUUUGUCAAGCUGCCCUGGGAUCCGCGAGGAUAAAGAGCUGAAGAGACUGUUUUGGUGCCUG